CCCUAGAAUUUCAAUUCCCAUGGCGAAACCCUCCAAGCGCCGGAGGGUUCGGAGGAUCGACUGACCACCCUCCGGCCAUCAACUUCCUCCUCCUCCUCCGCCUCCGAGCAACUUGCCAGAUCACCGUCUCGACUCCCUCGACCCCGACUCAGGCUCGACGAUGGCGAGAGAAUGGAUCGGGAGUGGGGUUCGAAGCCCGGGAGCGGGGGCGCUGCCUCCGCCCAGAACGAAGCCAUCGACCGCCGCGAGCGCCUCCGCCGCCUCGCCCUCGAGACCAUCGAUCUCGCCAAGGACCCCUACUUCAUGCACAACCACCUCGGCAGUUACGAGUGUAAGCUUUGCUUGACGCUGCACAACAACGAGGGGAACUACUUGGCGCACACGCAGGAGAAGAGGCAUCAGACCAACUUGGCGAAGGAUGCGCCUGCUCAGCCUCAGCCCAAUAAGCGGAAGGUUAAUGUUCGCAAGACGGGUGCAAAGUUGGAUUAGAAGUGGGUUAAAAUAUUUUUCCAUUUCUCGCGCAUCGCUUGAUUGGGGUAUUCAAAUGCCUAACCAUCUCAAUCCUUUGCUUAAGCUUCAACAAGAAGUUAUCAUUGUCUUCCUCAGCUGUCUUCAGCAACCUCUCCAACAAGUUGCUCUUCUCUGCCAACCCGAGAUUCCCGAUAUUAACCUCUGUUAUCUUGCCAUCUUCUUCGGCAAGAAUUCCCUGCCGAAUACGCAAGUAUGUUGGGAGCUUUUCAAGUGCAGCCCUCACUAUCAACUGUCAGUGGUGAAAAGGCUGAAGGAAGUAGUGGCGGAGAAACGAGAGUUUGAGCAGCAGAUGGAGAACGUGCAGAGGGUAGGACAGCAUCUGAAUGUCAUUCCACUUCAUGCAUAUUACUACUCAAAAGAUGAGAAAGCUCCUUAUAUGUGACUAUAUAACAGGAGGCAACUUCUCUUUGUUGCUGCAUGGUAUGUUUCACCUAGUCAAUUUUGUAUAUUAUUUAGACAAUUUUCCUAACCAAGGGAUCCUAAUUUUGCUAAUCAUUUAUGUAAAUGUGUACCAUGUU